UUUUGUAUUUUAAGGACUGCAAAUUUCAAACUAACUGAAACGACAUAGGCAGAAUCAAGGGUUUCGUUUCUUCUAUCGCAUCUAUUCAUUCCUCAUGCUUCCACUUACAAGCGCCAAAAUCUCAAUGAAUUAAUCUUCUCUCCUUUCAAAUUUUCGAAUCCUCGCUUUAGCUGGCUUGGCAUGACGGAUUCAAACUCACCGUUGCUGCCUCAUGGCAAUUCUGAUGCAAAAAACGCAUUUCGCAAGCCUUCUGGUGAUGCAGCUAGUAGGAAUUAUCGGCGUCGGUCACCUGUUGAUGGAUCACCCUCACCUGAUGGUUGGGAUCUUUUACGCUCUUGGUCUUAUUUCUUUUAGAAGUUUCAAUGCUAAUCCUAGGCAAGGACAAAGCUCAAGUCCAAAUCCAGUGAGAGAAAAUUCCUCAAGAGUCUCUCACCAUCAUUCAAGGAAGUAUGAUGACUGGGAACAGGACCAACAAUAUGGAAGGAAUCACUACGGCAGAAGCAGUGACUCUCUUAGAAAUCCUGAUAGACAGUCAUCCAAGAGUUCCCAUGGUCACUCUCGGCAUGACAAAUAUGCAAAUGAAGAUAGAUAUCGUGAGAGGCCAAUCUCUCGUUCUGGACAUGAGUCAAGGGAUGAUCGUAUGAGAGAAGAGAGUGAUAUCAGGUCAAAAAACUACCAUCGCAGUGUGGACAAGUAUUCACAUGACAAAUAUGAUAGGCCUGAUCAUAGAAGCAAAGAAAAACAAAGAGAAACAUACUUGGAUAAUAAAAAAUAUAAAGAGAUUGAUUCUUAUGAAAAACAUGCAUCUACAAAGAAGCAUGCACUGCAUGAUGAGGUGGAGAGGGAGGGACUUUCAUUGGACUGGGAUGGACGAAAUGAAAGAAGAGAAUCGCGCAGAAGCUCACGGGACUACAACAGAAGUGACCAUUUAGAGGCUAGGAACCAAAGAGAGGACUCAAGCCCACACAGAGACAAUGGUAAAUUUAGUCUAAAAGAUGCUUAUAAGAGUGAACAGAAGGAGUCAAAUGAUCAAAACGGUCCAUGGAAAGAUAAACGAAAACAUGACACUGAGUUUGGGAAGGGAAAAGACUGGAAAACUAGAAAAGAAGGCGAGCAGUGUGCUAUUGAAGAUAAAGAAACUUCUGGAAAGAAAGUAAAGUUGUUUGAUACUGACCGGGAUGACAAUAAUAGAAAAGAUGGUACUGAAGUCGAUGAAAGUAAAACUUCAAGUUCAAAGCUUUCUCACGAGAGCAAGGCAGAUUCAUUGGCUGCUAAGUCUAGUGGCUUUGAUGGUGACAAUGAUCUAGAUGCUGCAAAAGUUGCAGCCAUGAGAGCUGCUGAAUUAGUUAAUAGGAACUUAGUUGGGGCUGGUUGCUUGACUACUGACCAAAAGAAGAAACUGUUGUGGGGCAGCAAGAAGAGUACACCUACCGAAGAGUCUGGCCAUCGUUGGGAUACAGCUAUGUUUUCUGAUCGUGAGCGGCAAGAGAAAUUCAACAAACUCAUGGGUAUGAAGGGCGAAGCAAAAGUAGAGCAGAAUACCAACAACCAAAGCAGUAACGAUAUUCUCCGUGCUGAGAAGCAGAAGGAACUUCAGAUUGAUCUAGAGAAACAAUACACUGCAGGCCUUCGACGAAGAGAUGGCCGCACUGUUGGUUUAGGGCUUUAAGCAUUCUCUCUUUGGAAAUUUUACAUCUUUUGACAUUUAUACGUUAAGCACCACUCCUUUGUUUAGAUAUGCUUGGGAUUUUAUGUAUAUGUAUGCGCAUCAUCACUUGGCACCAGAUGGGAGUUCCUGAUUCAGACAGCGCAUGCUAUUUCUAUGGAAAUUCUUGUCGUGAGUGUAACUAAAUAUAUAUUUUUCGCAUAGUUCAUAUGAAACUGGUCUAAGGUAAUUUGGUUUUGUUAUAA